AAUUGUCGCAGACCCUGGUGGAGUUUUACUGUGUCGUCAACGGCAAUUUCAGUGACUGGGAGCAGGUGGAGAAAGAAGGGGAUAUCCGUACCCUGUUUUAUGCCAGAAUAGUGCCGGUAUUCGCACCUGCUUUAUCGCCGGUGCCGGUAUUGUACAUGGAGCAGACUGUGGGAGGUCAAGUACUCCGAGCUCACGUUCUCAUAGUUCAAGAAGCAGAGGAAGGAAUCUUAUACAUAGACUCCUACAACCUGGUUGUAGAUAAAAAAAUCAAAGCUCGGAAUUUUGAUCCUUACAAGGUCAAAUCUUUGACCUUGAAAGAUCUUCAAGGAGAGCGAGACUGCAGGAAAGUUUACGUUCGUGUGGCACCAUUUGUCUUCUUUAUAAACUGGCCCAGCUGUAUGAAAAUCGGACCAAAAACG